UUCUACACGUCAUUUUACUUUAAGGGAGAAUGUUAAUUAAGCAAAUGAUUAUUUUGUGUAGGAUUGUAUGAUUAGUAAAGCAAUUCUUAUAUGACUAGAACCUUAGUGCAUAACACUUGGCCUUAGCAUAACAUACACGAAAGACAUGACUAAAUAUAGAAAAACCUUUAGGAAGAGUGUAGUAUGGUUGAGCAGUUCUUAAGAUAAAUUACUUUUACUUCAAGGAAAUGGCACGACGACAACAAGAUCAAGCUACUAUGUUCAGAGAUUUACUAAGGGCAGUUCAAGACUUGGGCAGACAGCAGGCUCAAGCGGCACCUCAUAAUGCAACAGGAGGUGCCAACACCAUGAGCUCAAUUGUUGAACAGUUUCGUCGCUUUAAACCUCCGUCCUUUGAUGGUAAAGGUGAUCCUUUUGCAGCUGAGGAGUGGCUGAGAAGACUUGAAGGAAUCUUCGAGCACAUGAACUGCAAUGAUGCUCAAAAGGUUUCUUGUGCAAAGUUUAUGUUGACCGAUGAUGCUGGACAUUGUGGGAGUCUGAAACACGUACUAGAACUACAGAACAACAACGUAACCUCACUUGGAAUCAGUUCAAGGAGUCGCUGA